AUGGCCACCACCGCGCAAUACCUGCCGCGGGGUCCCGGCGGCGGAGCUGGGGGCGCAGGGCCGCUCAUGCAUCCGGAUGCCGCGGCAGCGGCGGCAGCAGCGGCGGCCGCCGAGAGGUUGCACGCGGGAGCCGCGUACCGCGAAGUGCAGAAGCUGAUGCACCACGAGUGGCUGGGCGCGGGCGCGGGCCACCCCGUGGGCCUGGCGCACCCCCAGUGGCUACCCACGGGAGGAGGAGGCGGAGGCGACUGGGCCGGCGGCCCGCACCUGGAACACGGCAAGGCGGGCGGCGGCGGCACCGGGCGAGCCGACGACGGCGGCGGCGGCGGCGGUUUCCACGCGCGCCUGGUGCACCAAGGGGCGGCCCACGCGGGUGCGGCAUGGGCGCAGGGCGGCACGGCGCACCACUUGGGCCCGGCCAUGUCGCCGUCGCCCGGGGCCGGCGGGGGUCACCAGCCCCAACCGCUUGGGCUAUACGCGCAGGCGGCCUACCCAGGGGGAGGCGGCGGCGGUCUGGCCGGGAUGCUGGCGGCGGGCGGUGGCGGCGCGGGGCCGGGCCUGCACCACGCGCUGCACGAGGACGGCCACGAGGCACAGCUGGAACCGUCGCCACCGCCGCACCUGGGCGCACACGGACACGGACACGCACACGCGGGCGGCCUGCACGCGGCGGCGGCGCACCUGCACCCGGGCGCGGGCGGUGGUGGCUCGUCGGUGGGCGAACACUCGGACGAGGAUGCGCCCAGCUCCGACGACCUGGAGCAGUUCGCCAAGCAGUUCAAGCAACGGCGCAUCAAGCUGGGCUUCACGCAGGCCGACGUGGGGCUGGCGCUGGGCACGCUGUACGGUAACGUGUUCUCGCAGACCACGAUCUGCCGCUUCGAGGCCCUGCAGCUGAGCUUCAAGAACAUGUGCAAGCUCAAGCCUCUGCUCAACAAGUGGCUGGAGGAGACCGACUCGUCCAGCGGAAGCCCCACCAACCUGGACAAGAUAGCGGCCCAGGGUCGCAAGCGCAAGAAGCGCACGUCCAUCGAGGUGGGGGUCAAAGGCGCGCUCGAAAGCCACUUCCUCAAGUGCCCCAAGCCCUCGGCGCACGAGAUCACGGGCCUGGCCGACAGCCUGCAGCUGGAGAAGGAGGUGGUGCGGGUCUGGUUCUGCAACCGGCGGCAGAAGGAGAAGCGCAUGACCCCAGCGGCCGGCGCGGGCCACCCGCCCAUGGACGACGUUUACGCGCCGGGGGAGCUGGGGCCAGGCGGAGGCGGUGCCUCGCCCUCCUCCGCGCCCCCGCCACCCCCGCCGGCAGCGCUGCACCACCAUCACCACCACACACUGCCCGGCUCCGUGCAGUGAC